UGAUAUUUUUACGUACGUUUUGAAAACUUUUUCUCGUCGCGGAAAAGAGACAAGUCAUGAGUACUGAGGUCAAAUCUAUUUUGGAGAAGUUUUGGGAGUGGCGUCUUGCUAACAGUCCAGAAUUUGCUACCAUGAUUGGACAUCAUGAACAUGACGACAGUCUUGAUAGUCACGCGUUAGAAKCCUACCAAACACGCCAGGAAGAAUGCAAGGCAUUUCUAAAACAACUAAAUGAUUUGAAUACAAAUGAGUUAUCAAAGGAAGAUCACUUCAAUGUUACUCUUCUAAAGAAAGAUAUCAAAGGUUUUCUUGAUGGAUCAAAGCAUUUUAGUUAUCUGCUUCCAUUAAACAACCUCGAAGGACCACAGUUAGAGUUCUCAAGGACAAUUUCCUGGAUGAAGUUCAAUUCUAUGGAAGACUACAACAAGCUCUUUUCCAGGCUGGAUGCUUUUCCAAAACAGAUGUCAGAGUAUAUUGGUCUUUUGAAAAAAGGUAUUGAGACUGGUUACAUUCCUCCAAAGAUCACUGUGACCAAUAUACCAGAGCAGAUUGAAAGUUGUAUUAUGAAUGCCAGCAUAGAUGGAGAUUCUAAACUUUAUGCUCCCUUCAAGAACAUCCCUCAAUCUUUUACAGAUGAUCAAAGGAAAUGCAUAAAAGAGAAGUGUUCUCUUAUUGAAAGCAAAAUAAAAAGCUCUUUUAAAGAUUUAAAAGAUUUUUUGACAAAGGAAUACAUCCCCGCAGCCAGAGACACUAUUUCAUGUCAAGAAUUUCCAAAUGGAAAAGACUUUUAUCAAAAGGCUCUUGAGUUUCAUAUUACAUGUGAUUUGACUCCUCAACAAGUGCAUGACAUUGGCAUUAAAGAAGUUGCAAGAAUAMGAGAAAGGAUGAMCCUGGUUGCAAAACAAACAGGAUUUCAGGGUGGAUUAGAUGAGUUUGUGACCAUGUUAAGAAAUGACAAACGCUUCUACUUUGAGAAAAAGGAAGACUUACUGGCAAGGUACAAGGAUUUAUGUUACAACCAAAUACAACCAAUGCUUAAGGAUUAUUUCAAGACAGUUCCAAAGGCAGAGUUUGAGAUCAUUGAAACGCCAGCUGAGGCGGCCCCCUCGGCACCUGGUGCAUUCUAUAUUGCGCCCCCAGAAGAUGGUUCCAGACCAGGAUCAUUCUUUGUGAAUACUUACAAGAGUGAAGAGAGACCAAGCUAUGAGAUGGUUUCAUUGUCUUUGCAUGAAGCUGUACCUGGACACCAUUUACAGGCGGCGUAUAGUAUCGAGCAACCUGAACAGCCAGGUUUUAGAAACUUUGAAGAUCGUCGUUACUACGAAGCCCCAGCAAGAUUUGGUAUGAAUACCGCUUAUAUAGAGGGCUGGGGUUUGUACUGUGAAUUCCUUGGUGAAGAGAUGGGUCUUUACACAGAUCCUUACGAUCUGUUUGGGCGUUUGUCGCAUGAGAUUAUGAGAGCUUGUCGUCUUGUUGUUGACACUGGUAUGCACGCGUUAGGGUGGACACGACAACAAGCUGUGGACUUCAUGGUCCAAAACACUGCAAUGUCCAGACAUGACAUCGAAGCUGAAGUCACGCGGUAUAUCACGUGGCCAGGGCAGGCGUGCGCAUAUAAGAUUGGAGAAAUUAAGAUUAGAGAACUACGACAAAGAGCUCAAGAUAAGUUAGGGAGUUUGUUUGAUCUUCGCGAGUUCCACGACCUGUUUUUAUCCGUUGGAUCAGUUUCCUUGGCAACGCUAGAAGAGGCUGUUGAUGACUAUAUUAGUAAAAYCAGAGCUACGUGAUCUUAUUGGCUCGCAGUAGAAUUAUAUAAAAAAAAAAAAUAUUUUAUAAAAUUGAGAGAAUAAAAUUGAUAGUCUCCUUCGCAGCCUAACCUUUAAAACCAUAAUGAUUAUAGUUCAAACUGUGGAACGUCACAAAGACCGAUAACCGCAACCCAACUGCGUCGACGUGUUAUUCUCGUAAUCAAUAAAAGUUUGUCACGCAACUCUCAUUCCAAUGAACACCAAGGUGACGUUUUGUCUUGACUAGAAAUAUUUUUUUUAGUCCAAAAAUCCAACAAAAAUACCUUUAUAAAGGAAUUAACAUGACUGGGAAUCACUUUUCUGUAAGUAGAACUUUAUAAAACCUAACAACUUUCUUGUAGCAAAGCUCUCAUGAAGUGCGUUCACACGCUAGUUACACGAUUCGACUUGAUGCGUUCAAAAAUAUUUUUCAUUUUUCAAGAAGAUAGGUCGUAUCAUGUCGUAGAGCCAUUUAGAGCGGAUUUCGUAUGACUGUGCAAAAAACACGCCACUUUCGUGUCGUGACCGUACCUUGCCGGAGCGAUGGUGCACGUGUUGUUGAAUCAAUAUAUUUUCAKUUAGCGUUGCUAACCACGCGAGGYUCCGUGACCGUUUCGUGAUCCGUGACGGACUUUGCACAUUCAUACGAAAUUGACUCUCUGAUUAUGUCGUGUACUUCAAGUCGCAUCGUGUAAAUCGGCCUUAAAAAAUAGUUACAAUUUUAAUGACAAAUAGCGAGACCUAUUCUUUGUUUUCAAGUUACGUCACAGCGGCCAUCUUGGAGGAACUUAAACAAAGGGUUUCUCGUCCCGAAGUGAAAAUUUAUUAGUGUAAUUU